GCAAUACUACACGUCGUCGCAUCUCUCACCCAGCAGGUAACUGAAACUUAGCCUUAUCUUGGAGAGGAGAGAAGACGAGUUUGUCUGACAGGAGAACAAGCAGAGUUGGAGGCUACACCAUUAACACCAACACUUAACAGACUACGGUGAACUUCCUGCAGCUGAUACAAGUUGAUGGUACAUGUAUCACACCCCAGUUUGCCAACGUAGCUAUCGUUCAGCGAUCAGGAAGCCUACCAGGUUACGUUCACGCUCGGGAGUUAGCGGCGAUUUAAAAUCAUAAUGACAAUCUGACGGCGCGGACCAACCAGUGCCUCAAAAUGGGGGACAAUGUUGACGUGAAGGCCCUGACGGCCAGGUUCCGGCAGCCGGGGAUGAUGCCGGGUGGAGGAGGAGGACCAGGAGGUCUAGGAGGCGGGGGUAGGGGAGGGGGCGGUCCCGUGAGGCUACCGUCCCCCAUGCUGGACAGAGGAGCCCAGUCCCCUGCGGACUUUGGAAGCGUGCGGCCCAGGUUUCCACCUCACUCAAACAAACCUGCCUUUGGAGGACACGGAGGAGGACUAGUUUCUCCUCCCUCAAAUGGACCCAGGUUUGGGUCAGCGCCGCAUGGAGUGUUUCCUCGCCCCCCGCCCAGCCAUCGGCCCACCCCCACCGGCACUCAGGAGGCUUUUCGGCCCCCCUUCACGGAGGACAACCAGCCAGGAAGAGGAGCAGGACCGGGACCUGGAUCCCCCUUUAGACCCCUUCCAGGGGACAGAGGAAUGCCGAAACCCCACAGCCCUGCUGGGGGGCUCAGGUCGCCCCCUCAGGUGGCGGUCAACACCCCACCUCUGUCACGGAUGAAGAGGAGCACGUCCUCCAAUGAAGUGGUCCCGCUGUUGCGUCCUCUCCCCACGGUGGGGCCCCGACCCAACAAGCCGAAACGACCCCCCUAUGUCAACCUGGAACAUUUCCGCAAGAACCCGGGCAUUCCACCCACGCCCACCGCACGGCUUUCUGGGAGAAUGUCAGAGGGUAGCAGCAGUCCGAUAGUGGGAAGAACGAUGGGUCUCCCUCUAACCCCUAGUAGAAUGUCAGAGGGUAGCAACAGUCCGAUAGUGGGAAGAACGAUGGGUCUUCCUCUACCCCCGGUUGCCAAUAAUAAGCAAGUGACAAAGCCAGUUCCAAACCAUAACGUGCAUGAUGACCAAGACACAUAUGAUGACAUUGAUGCCCUCCCUCCCCCUCCACUCGAUCCUCCUACACAAGAGAACUUCAGUCCAUCUCUAUCGCGACCGCCUGAUAUACGCAGCCCUCCCUUUAUGCCUGUCAAGCCUAGCGCUCAGCCCCUGCCAGUAGUCAGAAAUGACGACGACGAUGAUGAUGAUGAUGAUGACCAAGACAUGUAUGAUGACAUUGAUGCCCUUAAUCUCCCUCCCCCUCCACCCCCUCCCACAUCACAGUCUCAAGACUCCUGGGAGCAGCAUUCAUCGAGUCAGGCCGAGGAGUGGGAUGAUGACAGCGAUGGAAGUGAAAUCUAUGAGGAAGUAGACCAAGAGUCCCUCUGCAGCCAAGAGAAAAGGCCAGCACGAGAUGAUCCACGAAAACAAACAAAGAAAGACAUUAAACGACAACAAGAACAGGAGAGGAAGGAACAGAAGGAGAGAGAGAAGAAGGAGAGUGCACUCAGGAAAAAGUUCAAACUGACAGGUAAUGAGACGCCUCUGCACAUGGCGCGGGUUCGAGUGGCCUGGCAGGGGGGCAAGAACGACCUGGUGGUGCAGCAGGGGGACAGCGUAGAGAUCAUCCGCACAGAGGGCAACCCUGAGGGGCGCUGGCUCGGACGCACCAUGGAUGGCACAUAUGGCUACAUCAGCACCAAGUGUUUGGAUAUGGACUAUGAGGAGGUGAAGAGACGCUUUGCCAACCUCGGCAACCCCAGACCUCAUGACCCGGGUCUCUAUGACGACGUGGACAGCGCUGAAGCACUUGGAAAUGAUGACAGUAGAUUCCCCCCUCCUCCCCCAGACAUCAGCCCACAUCCCAAAAUGCUGAAGAAAAUUGAAAAAGAAGAGAAAGAGUUCAGGAAAAAGUUCAAGUUUGAAGGCCCGAUUCAAGUGCUGCAGUACAUGAGGGUGGACCCCAAUGGCAAUAUUAAAAAGGCCGGCGCAGCCUAUUUAAACGUACACCGUGGAGAGACGGUGGAGGUCAUUCAGUUUACCAACGACAAGAAAGCACUGUGCCGAAACGCACAGGGCAAAUAUGGAUACGUGUCUAUGGCCUACCUCCUGCAAGAAGAACCAGACAUUUAUGAUGACGUAGACCACGCUGGAGAUGUUUAUGACAAUUAAAGCAACGUGUGAUGGGUGCAUACUACAAGUUGCAUCAAAGACAAUAUUGCCGUUCCAGAGGAUCAUCCAGCAUAGACUCUUAGGGUCCCUUUCAGAUUAUGAAAACUACUAUGUGUUUGUUUGUUUAUUUUAUUGUGUUUGAUUUUAUUCCUCUUUUGUACUCCUGAGAUGUAUUUUAUUGUAAUUAUGACCAAUAAAUAUUUUUUCUGUUUA